AUGACCUCGAGUCGAGACAGAGACGCCGCCGACUCCCUACAGGUCACGUACAACAUAUUGACGCAGAUUGCCAGGACAUUGCGGCGGGGCGAGCAUGAUCCUCAGUUGAGGGGCUUCUACGCUGAGCUUCAUGCGUAUUUCACCGUCAUUUAUUACCACCUCAAACACAUCAGCAGCAGCCAUGUCACAAUCGAUAAUGAUGUCCAAAGUCAACUAUUGGACUGCAUAGAGUCUGUAUUUACACGGAAUUUUCUUCAACUAUCAUCUGACGCCAGAUUGCGACGCUUGGAUGAGCUUGGAGACGACAUCCAAGGCUUGGCAGACAAUGGAGCGAAGGUGGGGGCUCUUCAGCCGUACCUGGAUUUUGGAGCGACGCAAAUUGAACGUGACGACUUUCUGGAGUCGCUAAGCGGCCUUGAAAAGGAACUCGAAACCCGAUACCCAGAGGACAUGUCACAGUGGGCCCCAGAAGACUUUGGCCCUUUAAUCAAGAUCAACGAACCAUCAUAUGCAGUCUGGAGCGCCGCUCAGUCCAUCUUCAAAGCGCUGGUAGCCUGCAAAGACUGCGUCUGUACACCCACCCACGACUUUGGCGCUCGUCUCUGUCUGGGGACUCACCGGAAGCCUGAUUGUGAGGCUGAUGACCAAGUCGACUUUGACAUGUUUCUCUCCAUGAAGGAAGAUUGGCAUGAAGCACACAUCCAUACAGCAAAAGACAGAGCCGUCAGGAUUGUUGUGGAUCAAUCGCGACAGAGACACAGGGCCCCGAGGAGUAUGGUGGUGAAGCAGCUUUGUGAGCCGAUUGCGAGAGUUAGCACCAUGGCGGGAUACCGACUUCAACUCAAAGUCACCAAGGAUCAGCUUUUCAAGCUGCAAUCGGAGAGAAGCGAGUCUCUUGUCGACAAGACGAAACAUCCCGUCUCUUUAGACCAGUUCCUGAGGGAUAGACCGCGCAACUUCACCGAGAGGACGAAACGAAUUUUAGCUGUCAUCCUCAGCUCGACUGUGUUUCAUUUGCACAACACCCCGUGGUUAGAACCGAGUUGGAACUCAUCCAAUGUGCUAUUCUUCCAGACCUCCUCAUCAGCUGUCACGUUACGACCGUUCAUUCAGACCAAACUUUCACUUCUGGAUUUCUCGCCACCGCAUGAUGGCCGCGAACACAGCCCGGAUGCAACUGACUCGGAAGAUUUGGAUCCUGACGAUUUUGACCCAGAUGAUAUGGACCCAGAUGACUGGCUGAUGCACCGAUGCCCGAUUCUCGUGACCCUUGCGGUGAUGCUGCUAGAGAUUUACUUUGCCACGCCCUUCGAUGUUCUAGCCAGACGGUGCAAGGUCGACCUAGGCGAUCCACAAAGCAGCACAAAACAUCUCGACGUCAGCGUAGUCUUCCAGGCAUGCAGAACAGAGAUUCCCGAGAAUUCACAGUUCUAUGUCGCCGUGGGGAGCUGUCUAGAUCCACAGGUGUGGGAGACUGAGGAUGGAGGCAGCCUCAGUAGCGACGAGUUGAGAUCCAGAAUCUACGAAAAGGUUGUCCUGCCGCUGGAGACUGAGUUGAGCCAGGCUUAUAGUUCGAUCUCGAUCAAUGACUUGGAUAAGUUUGCCGAAACUUUGGACUUUGCGAGCUGGGAUCAGACGAUACAAACGCUGAACCAACAAACGAAUGUUGAGGCUUCUCGGCAGAACGCGGAACUCACCUUGGGGCUGGAGAGGAGUUGCAGUUUGUCCCCUAGCCAUGCAGCGCCCUACCACCCUCCAGGUUCCGCACAGCAUCCAGAGCUUUCAAACAGAAGGUUGUCGGACUUGGACCCCAGGGCCACAAUUUCCGCAUCAAGCACCCCAAACCUGGUCCGUUUUCCUUCUGGGUCCGAUGCCGAAGCCGCUCUAUGCGACUCAACAGCCUCUCUGAGCUUGGAGUCGUACCCUCAGUGGAAAUAUGCAGUCGGCAUUCUCUGUGCCCUCUCUAAAGAGCUUCUCGCUGUGCGGGCUCUCUUCGACACGAAGCACAGCAAGCCCAAGAACCUACGUGGAGACGUCAACAACUACGCACUGGGCACUAUCAGCGGCCACAUGGUCGUCGCCGCCUGCCUUCCAGCGGGGGAGUACGGGACCAACGCCGCAGCCGACUCGGCAUCUAAUAUGAGACGGAGCUUUCCGAGCAUAACAUUUUGUCUCCUCGUGGGGAUAGGCGGCGGUGCUCCUACACCACAGAACGAUAUCCGGCUCGGUGAUGUAGUCACAGGGCACUGCACAGACAUGAACAAUCACAUCCAAAAGCGCCCACUUCGACCAACUGACCACCCGGAGAUACACUACGGCCUCAUCGCCUCAGCAAACCGUGUCCUCAAAGACGCAGCAGUGCGGGACCGUUGGGCGCGAGAACAUGGUAUCUUGUGUUUUGAGAUGGAGGCAGCGGGGGUCAUGAAUACGUUCCCGUGCCUUGUUAUCCGUGGGGUCUGCGACUAUGCGGACUCAUACAAGAGCAAGGAGUGGCAGGAGUAUGCGGCUGCGACGGCGGCGGCGUAUGCCAAGUUGCUACUGACUGAGGUGGCUGUGUGCGACGAUACGAGGAACGGGUUCUGGGAACAGGAGAGGAUUUUGACUGAGUUUCGACCACUAGAACAGCCGAUCAGCAACGAGCAGAGAGUCUAA